AUAGAUCCGUCUGUCAGGAAGUUGCCUAGUAGAAGGCCUCUCGAGGCGAAUGAAAUUAAUCACAUCAUCAGAUGCUAUGGAGGCCAGACAAUUGCGAUAGAAAUGGAACCCCAAUGUAUGCAGAAGUCCAAGCAAUCCAGGAAUGCGGUCCAGUACAUCGAUUUCCUCAACCGCCGAAACGGUGAACUUAGACUAGAGCUUACAUUCUACCGAGAAUGCUAUCGUCACACAGAAAAAUUUAAACAAAAGAUUACCAACAUCUCGCAAGAUCUACUCCACGCAUACAUUGUUAGCUUACUUGAUGAAAUGGCUUUUGGCGAGAUUCUUGGUCUUUCUCAAGCCUUUGUAGACGCGGUAGAUCAGCUUCGCGACGACCAAGGAGAGGCAUUUAACGCUUUUGUCGCGCCUUACAAAGCAUUGAACAGCUCUAAGAACACUACUGUGUCGAAGGAUGGGUGGAUUUGA